AUGUUUGGACGUUUUUUCAAGAACAAGGAAGACGGCAAGGGCGGUCCCCCUGUCCAUCAACGCCAGGGCGGCCCAAACGGUAGCGCUGAUGAGCAUCCCGUCGGUGGAGGCUUUUUUAACCUCCCGCCUCCAGCUUCCAAGCCUUAUGGCGGUCAAAAUGCUGCCGGAUUAAGUGUCCCCAGUACCUCUGUGUGUGGAGAAGGUCCCUCUCUAGGAGGAGGGUAUCCACCACAACCAGCCUAUGGCAGUGCUAAUGCUCCAGUGGACAAUAAUUCUAUAAAUGGAGAAGGUCCAUCAGGUGGUGGCAUGGACAUGUUUGGUGGCAUGUCAGUAAAAGCUCCUCCUGCUGCUACUGGCAACAAUGGAAAGGGAAGAUAUAAGUCUCCAAUUCAGCAGCAACAGUAUGGAGGUGGUUAUGCUGGAACUCCGCAGCCAAUUGCUACUACUAUGCAGCCUCCCAAGGCAAAUGGCAGUUUAUUUAGUGGUCUAGAAGUUGCUACGGUACCUGCAGCUCAUGAUGAUGGAAGUAAUCAAACGAUGUUGACAAUACUCUCGAACGAGUGUAACGAGCAGUACUGGCACGACAACGUCGCGGUCGAGCUCGAAGGGUGUAAAGAAAAAAAGAAGAAAACGUUUCGCCCGGGUUUUGGACGACAGCUUUCGGAUGAAUCGGCGGCAGCACUGCAGCGCGGUGACUUGAAGGAAGAUGAUAUCAUUUAUCAGCGGGAAGGACGUUUAAUGUCAGAUCGAUCGGAUAGCUCGCGAAGUUCGCGCAGUGUCCCAGGCCCCACGGAUUUAGCUCAUUUGUUACCUCCGGUAAAAUCUGGGUCAGUUUUGCAAGGGCUAACGGUUCAUAAGGGAAGCGUACCUUCCGGCGGUGGUGGUGUUCUCGCUGGUCUUACUGUUCACAAGUCGGCCUCACCCUCGCCUUCGCCAGCGAAGGUUGUGAGACGUGCUGAAUCGGAUUCAGAUGGAAAUGGUGUGCUAUCGGGGCUGAGUAUUCACAUGGCGCCAAGUAUCACUGAUGACGAUGUAUAUGAAUCCGUGAAUGAUACUCCCGUGACAACACCUGCCCCCGAGAUGUACAAAGAGCCGUAUUCUCUAGUGCCAGCAGCCCCUCCUACUCCGGAGGAGCGUCUGUUUAAUACUUUGCGUGACUUUCAUGAGAGUGCUGUCAGUUUUCGCCAGUUCACGGUAAAACAAAAUGAGGAGGAGAAUCGGUUGAUGGAACGCAAGGCGCAACUCGCAUACCAGUUGACGCAGUACGAAAUGGAUUUGCGUGACGUUGAGGCGCAGCAGCACCACGCAUGCGAAGUCGAAGAUUUCGAGAAAGCUGAUGCGCUGAAUGCUACUAUUAACAGCGUGCGGCAUUGCAUCACGCUGACUGAAAGCGACGUCCGAAAAUUGGACAGCGAGCUUGUAGCCUUUGUGAAGACAAAGGAGAAAGCGUUUGCGAACCAGCUGAGAAGCACACGCGGUACUCUACGCGAGCUUGAAAAGUUUCGUGAGGACCAGGAAUCCGAGCGGACGGUCGCGCGCAAUGAGUACAAAUUAUACGAGGCGAAUCAAACAGAGCAGCUGCAGUUUGAAGCUGAACGAAUUGAUGCCGAAAUGCAUCACGUGUCCGUAAGCCUGGAAAAUGUCAUUUCUGAAAAGUCGGAAAUUGAGGCAACUAUUGAGGGUCAAUGCAGCUCUGAGUUUGCUGUUCAGGCGCAAUUGAUUGAGGAAAAGCAGGCUGUAGAAGAAGAAGUCCGCGAGCUCGAGCGUAGAUUAAAGGAAAAGCAGGAUCGGAUUCGAAAAAUCCAGACGUCAAUCGACACUGCUCAACGUGAUAUUAACACUGUUCGCAAACGGUAUUCUCGCCAGCUAAAGCGCAUUGCUGAUCGCGAGGACGGAAUUAAAAAAACUAAGGCUGAAGUAGAAUCAGACGGCAAGCAUCUUGAGCAGCAGCGCCAUGAGUUUGAAGACAAACUGAAACGAUAUGUGGAAGACAUUUCAAUUAUCGGCAAGCGUAUCGGCGCUGUAAAGAAGGAAAUGCGUGCUGCGUCGCUGCUGGCGAACGUGUUAGAAGCGCAAGAGACACGCCGCGAGCAGUCCCUGAUUCGCAAAAAGCAACAAACAGCGGAGCUUAGUUCGCUCAACGAUGCCACGGCGGUUGCUGAACAAAGCUUUACGAUGCUGAGCAAGCAGCAUGAAGAGCUUGAGAAAUCUCUGUCGAUUCAUCGGAAUGCCAUUGCGUCGGCAGAAGCAAUGAUUCCCCGUUUGGAGCAGGAAAAGAAGACAGCUGCUGCGCAGCGUAACUUUAAGGAAGCAGCUCGCAUUUCCAAGGAUAUUAAAGCACUGGAAAAGGAUCGCUCAACAGCUGAGGAGAUGGUAGAAGUAGUCGAAUUGGAACUCCAAGACUUGGAGGAGCGUAUCCAUAAGCGUGAUGUGGAGUUUAAGGAGAAGAAGAAGGAGUUAAAGGAGAUGGAAAAGCACCUGGACCUAGCUACAUUGCAAGAGUUGUGGAAAGAGGCAAAGCAUUUGCGAACAGCUUUGCGGAAGAUUAAGAAAUGCAAGAGUGAGGGAGACGCUGCAAAUGGUGGCAUCAAUUUUCGGUCAUCUGCAAUACUUUUGGUCCAGGCCGAGUACGAUGCGUGUAUUCUUCAAGUUGGGACACUUGAAAAGAAGUAUGACGUAGUCGGUCCCAUUGAGGAUGAAGAAGACGAGGAUGAUGAUGAUGACGAUGAAUCAAUUGAUGACGAGAAGGAAAGCAGGGAGGAUGUGUCACUUUCGCGCUCUAGUUUGGCUGGAAAGACGACUGACAUGGAAGGAUCGAAUGUUGACAUUGAUGCUACUGAGGAUAGUAGUUCCGUUUUAGAGGAGAUUACUGCACAACUACUCGAGCUCGAGUCUCAGAUUGAAAAGGCAACGGACAGUGAGGAGUACGAGUUGGCCGCUAGGAUCGACGAGAGGAUUGAAACCUUGAAGCAGCGACAACAGACAAUCGAAGCUUCGAUGCCACAGGAAGCUUUCGAUGAUGUGCGUGAGAAUGAGUCCUCGGAGGAUGCUGUGGAAGAAUCAAAUAGCAGCGAGUACUUUGCUGAGGAAGAAGCUGAAGCUGAUGAGGAGUACGCUCACGAAGAAAUGGUUAGUCCUGUGAAUGUAGGGCGAAGACAUAAUGAGCUGACGCAGUCCUUGAGAAAAAGAAUUCAGCUGGGUGUUGUGAUGCCUGUAGAACAGACAAACAAGGGCUAUGAUACCGCCACAAGCUACGAUGAGGAACUGCAGCCAUUGCAAGAAAAGGAGAAGCCUAUUCGUGCUCAAGAUGACCUUUCUGUCGAAAGUAGUGGUGUGACGGCGCCUACCAUGUUUGAAGGACCGGACUCUGAAACUAAAAACUUCAUUUCUAUCGAGGCUGCGGUAAGCGGUGGUUCGCUAAGCUCGCCUCAGGAGGCAUUUGUUGAGUCAACGACGAGUGGAUCUCUUUUUAAGAGGCUACCGAUGAGUAGCGGUCCAGACGUCAUAUCUCAGAGCUUAAUGGAGGUCCCGACAACGGAUCCGGACCUUAAAAUGGAGGAUGAAGCUCAUGAACACGAAGAAGUUGCGGCUAUCGCAAAAUUUGAAAUUGUUUCCCCUACGUCCUCCGAGAUGAAUGAUUCUUUCUUUGGCAAGUCUGAGAUGCUAAAAAAUAGCGCCAGUCUGGUUACGCCAUCAGCAUCGGGAUCCUUGUUUGAAGCUCUGCAUAUGAGUGGCAGCUUUCAGGUUGACACGGCCUCUUUUGCUUCACCUGGGAAGGAUACAGAAGAGAGCAAGGAAGACCCUGAUGUACCUGCUACCGAAAUCGUGGACUUAAGUGCGUCUACUUCAGUCGGCAAUGGAAGCAUGUUUAGCGGACUGCAUCUGAGCUCAAGUGCCGUCAACGUAGGAGCAGGUGCCCGAACGGAGCCUACUGCUGUCUCCAACGAAAACUCUGCUGACAUGUUUAGCGGCUUGAAUUUGUCCAGUAGCUCAGUUGGCGCUGCCUCAUCAGAGCACGCGUCGACGGACGCUUCUACCAAUAUAUUCGGCGGCCUGGAGUUAUCCAGCAGUGCAGCUGGCGCCUCGACCGAGACUUCUGCCGACAUGCUCGGUAGUCUAAGUUUGAGCAGCAGUGCCGUUGCAGCUGCACCAAUUGAGACUGACACGGAUGUAGCAGCGUCAUCUAUGGGUGAAACUGAUUCUUCUGCAAAGAGCGUGGGCGAUGCUCGAAUGUCGAUUCACAAGCUGGUAGUGCUCAGCGAAAAUAACGAUGUGGCUGGGGCUAAUCACGACGCUUCGUUCGAGUCGGACGUCCCCAGUGUGACAUCAGUAAGUAUGCUGAGCGAGAAAUCCGGCACAGAGACAACAAAUUUGUCUACGACGACAGUCGCCAAGGUGUUGGGUGAUGACGACACGACACUAACGGAAACGGAGCAGAUCACGACGGAAUCGGAGCAGGUCACGACGGAAACGAAGCAGGUCUGCGACGGAAACGGAGCAGGUCGCGACGGAAUCGUAAUUGUGUUUGUAUUUACACGUUGCUGUCGCAUCUCAUUGUGGGACCGGAUGCAAGCAUUUUAG